GAGAGUAAGGAAGAGUACACUUUGGUUUAGUAGUAGUGACUAUGGCGGGAACCAAAUGGGGGCCCAAUAAAGCGUGGUUAAUAAAAAGUAUUAGUGGCGGGUCUCUCUGCGUGUCAGCACGAGAGCUUCUCUUGCAGCUUCUUCCUUCCUUUCUCCUCAAGCCCUAAUCCCCAAACUGCUCCAGUCAAGUAAAAUUAUUCUCACAUUUUGAAUUUGCAGUAGUAGAUAUAGAUAGAUGAAGCGCAAACGUGCAGGCAAGAGAACCAUGCCCAGAAGAAAGCGCAAUAGCAUUGCCGUAAUUAGUGAAAAGGAAGAAGCUUUCGUCGAUUUUGUCACUCGAAAUGCCCAACCACAACCACAACCACAACCACAGCCACAGCCACAGCCACAGCCACAAUCACAAAUUGUUCAAAUCCAACAAAACAACGCGGCUUUCCAUCAAUUUCACGGAUGUCACGACGACCUUGAUGAAGUGGAAGAGGAAAAUGACCCUGAAGGAGAAGACCGUUAUUCAAAUUCUGCCUCCUUUUCCAAUGACAGCUUAGUUGAUAGAACAAUUCAGAAACUGGUUGGUGAUUAUGGUCAACAACACAAGCUCCUCCAGGUAGACUCUUUGAACAAAGCUGGGGAUUUUCACCUCACAUCACAGCCAGCCUCUGCUUCUUCUUCUUUGAAUAAGCAAGAGUUGAGCGCUGCCUUGGCGGUGAUUAAGAGAAUUAUGAAAAUGGAUGCGGCUAUACCUUUCAAUGUUCCCGUGGAUCCCGUUGCAUUAAGAUUACCUGAUUACUUUGAUGUCGUAGAUACGCCAAUGGAUUUUGGAACAAUAUGCAAACAUCUUGAAAAUGGUACUAAGUACAUGAAUUCAGAGGAUGUAUUAAAGGAUGUGCAAUGCAUUUGGAAGAAUUGUUACAAGUAUUAUGAUAAGGGUAACUAUAUUUUGAACCUUAUGAAGCGGGUGGAGGAAAAUUUCAUGAAGUAUUGGACAGCAGCUGGUUUGUUCACUGAAGAACGAGGGACAACUCAUGAUUUGAUAGCCCCAGUUGCCAACAAAAGGAAGGCCCGAGGACCCACCCGUAAUCUUAAACUAGCAGCAAUACCACAAGGGGAGAAAUUUGAUAUUGCAUGGAGGAACCGGAGACCAGUAGGUGCAAACUCCCAGAUGUUUAAAACAGCAUGUACAAUCCUGGUUAGGCAAACUCGGGAAAUACCCCUGCAGGUCAAGGGCUGGCUGGAAAUACCAUUUGAUAUUAAAAAGAAGCUAUUUGAACAUAUCUUGGAGCGCUUCAAGGUUGAAGAUCAGAUGAAAUUUGUCUUAGGCCAGAUCCAUAGAUCCUACAAUAAUUAUCGUCAUUACCUUAAGCACUGGUGCUAUGAUACAUGUAAGACAAUUGAGGAGGCGCGGGCAAAUAUACCGCCAAAUGUCAACAAGGAUGAUUGGGAGUAUCUUGUAAAUUUAUGGAGUACACCUUCAUACCAGGAAAAAAGCAAGAGAAACAAGGAGAAUAGUGCCAAAAGUACCAUUGUCACCAGAUGUGGCUCCAAGAGUUUUCAGCAGCGAGAGGAGGAGGAAAGGGAGAAGAUUGGACUUGAGGCUGGCCAUACAUUUGCGUGGAAGAUCACCUCUUUGGGUUCUGAUGAACAGGCUGCAAAUCAAAUUUCACAGGAGGGACGGUCACAGCUCAAAAAUCUUGCCGCUCAAGUGUCCGAGGGGGCCUCACAGAUGUCUGAACCUGAGAGUUUUGGCCCUCGGAAUCCUAGGCAAGAACAUCAUUAUGUAAAUGGUGCCACCCAGAGAAAUUUAUGGGGCUCCUCUUCAUCUACUGUUCGUGAACUCAAGAAGCAACUUUUGCAGUCAGAACAGCAACAUAAGGAGUCUGAACAGAAUGAUGCUGCUGAUGUACAGUUCUUAAAAGAGCGAGUGAGUCAGAUCGAGGCACAUGACCAUAGGGAAGGUACCAUGCCUAGAAAGUUACAAGGCUCUUUUUCAUCUACUCUUCACAAACUCAAGCAGCAGCUUUUGGAGUUGGAACGUCAACAUGAGGACUCCGAACAGCAUGAUGCAGCUGAGGUACAAUUCUUGAAAGAACAAUUUAGUCUGGUCGAGGCACAUGAUAAUGGGGAUGGAACAAUGUCUAAAAAGUCACAGGGCUCAUCUUCAGAUACUGUUCACCAACUCAAGAAGCGGCUUUUGGAAUUAGAACGUCAUCGUAAGGACUCUGAACAUCGUAAUGCAGCUGAAUUACAGUUCUUAAAAGAACAAGUGAGUCUGGUCGAGGCACAUGACUAUAGGGAUGGUACAAUCUCUAAAAAGUCACGUGGCUCUGCAUCAUCUACGGUUCACCAACUCAAGAAGCAGCUUUUGGAAUGGGAAUGUCAGUGUAAGGAAUCUGAGCAGUAUAAUGCAGCUGAGUUACAGACCUUGAAAAAACGAGCAAGUCAGGUUGAUGAACAUGACCGUGGGAAUGGUGCCAUCCCUAAAAGGUUACGGGGCGCUUCUUCAUCUAUUGGUGACAAACUCGAGAAGCAGCUUUUGGAAUGGGAACGUCAGCGGAAGGAAUCUGAGCAGUAUAAUAAUGCAGCUGAGUUACAGUCCUUGAAAGAACGAGCGAGUCAGGUUGAUGAACAUGGCUGUGGGAAUGGUGCCAUCCCUAAAAAGUUACGGGGCUCUUCUUCAUCUACUGUUAAUGAACUGAAGAAGCAACUUCUGGAAUCAGAACACCGACGUGAGGAGUCUGAUCAGCGUAAUGCAGCCGAGGUACAGUGCUUGAAAGAACAAGUGAAUCGUGUUGAGGGUUUGUUGUCUGACCAAAUGAAUCGGUUUGAAGGUUUGAUCACCCAGAUGAUGAGUCAGAUGUCCUCCAUACCUGCUCAGACUGAAAGCCAUACUGUGGAUCCACCCUCCAGUGGUGGCGGGCGAAGACGUGGAAGACGCCAAAGAAGAUAACUUACAAAAAUGAACAGCGUUUUUCUGUUUUGAUCGGAACUGGUACUGGGACUGGAUCCUCAUAUUUUCAUUUAUUAGUAUUUGCUGGCAAGUGGGAACGGUUCAAAUUGUAUGUUGGGCUGUUUAUAUGGAGAACAUGAAUAUGAUUUAUCAACUGAUACUCAUUUUAUAAAAUGUUCUCUUAAAACUUUCAGA